UUUACAAACAAAUUUAUCUAGAUCUGUCUUUGUUUUAUAUCUUCAGACAUCAGAAGAAGGACAUAUAAAAUCAUCAAUGUGAGGUAGCUAGUGGGAGCCUUAAAGCGGCACCGAACAUUGCAGAAGCCACCAGAUACCCCAGUACAUCCAAUGACUGCGAGAUUAGACAAUAAAACAAAUACAAUAAUCUACUUAAUAAUGCAUUACUCCAGGAGUAUGUAUUUAUUACUUUUCUCUGACUGAAUAAAAGAAUGAAUAAUAAAAACAAUGGUAGAUAAAGCCACAUUAUCAUUGAUCCAGAGCUAGAACAAUUAAUCUUUUCUUAUCAUGAAUUAUAUAUGAACUGUGCAGGAAAUCUUGUUGGCCAACUAUGAUUCAAUUCCAGCAUAUAAGAAAACUGUACUACACUGCGGAAAAAAUUAUUAAAUGUAUGUACCCAGGUUUUUGAUCAAUACAAGAACGAACAAAAUUUACAUCGAUAAUAUCAAACAAACAGUAAAAUGUGCUUAUCCGAGAACAGGAAAAUUUUGUUGAAGUUUAAUCAAUGUUUGUACUGGAAUUAAAGAACAGGAUUUUAAUCAUAGUAUAGGCAUAAUGUGAAUUGUCACUGUAAUUAUGUUCACUAUAUAACAAUACAUAUACUAUACUUAUACAUGUAUGUAUAUAUAAUGACAUGGAGAGAUUUGCAGGGACAAAACAAACAAAUUAAACAAAGAAUCCAUGAAAUUUUAACAUUUGAAAGGAAAGCUGAGAAUUAUGAAUAAAACUGAGUGAAAAACAAUCUGGAAAUGUAAUCAAUAUUGCAUAGUAUAUUGUGAUUAUUUAGUUACAAAAGAAACCCAAAGAAUCAAUAAUUGGGAAAAAAUAUUAAUAUCGUAAAGAAUAAAAAGAAAGAAAAAUGGCGUUCAAUAUCAAAUCAUAUAAAGAGUAUCAUAGACGUCUGCUAUUUGUCGAUAGUGAAAAACCGAAGUACUUCCAAGAACUUGCCAGAGCAGUUAGUCUCGGUGAGGGUAACAAGGUGCGCAUCUUACUUGAAAUAUUGAAGAAAGAAGGACAAACAAAGGCACUGAUGACAUAUAAAGGUAAAGAUGGGGAAUCUAUGUUACACCUCGCGGCCAUGUUUAACCAGUCCAGUGAAAUAAUACAAACAUUAAUCAAAAUCUGUCCGGAAUUGAUGACAACAGCUAGGAAGGAUUCCGACAAUUAUUACGGUCAAACUGCUCUCCAUAUAGCCAUAGCUAAAGGAAAUACUGAGGCAGUCGAUGGAAUGCUCUCAGAAAUCCUAAACUUAAGUCAAAGUCUAAAAAAUGCACUAUUACAUUCAAAGGCAACCGGUCAAAAUUUUGCAAACACCGUUAUGAUGGGUGAACUCCCUUUAUCUGUGGCGGCCCUGACAUUCAACACUGACAUGAUGAAUGCACUUUAUUUCAAUGGUGCCGAGAUGGAACGAAAGAACACCAAGGGUGACACUGUCUUCCAUUCCCUGAUUCGAUUUGCAGCGAUAUAUCCCGACAACAUACCAAACAUUAUUUCGACUAUGGAGUUUUUACACGAGAAAAUCACAGAAAACUUGAUGUCUAGUCAUAUGAAUCUUGAAUUUGAUCACAGCGAUAAAUCGUACAUUUGGUUUAUACCGAACAAUGACAAUUUAAAUCCUUUACAACUCUCUGCGACGCUCUCUCAGUCAACUAUAUUCCAGUUUAUUCUCCAACUGCCAAAAGUCUACUGUUUUCUAAGCAGCCAUGAUGGCUUGUUUGACAGAAAGUCUUACGAUAUAACUGAAAUAGAUACAGUCUCUACUGAAAGAUGGGCACAUGACCAAAAGAUGCGUCAAAGUCGACUUAAGAGACACGUCGCUCCAGCUGCUGCAGAGGGCGUGUCUCAGAAAAAGUUCGCUAACCAAAGCUCUCUAUGGUGUUGUACUCAAUUUGAAAUUAAGCGCGAAAAACAAAAAUCGAUCAUGGAGACGAUGUUUGACAUAAAGUCGUCUGCUGCGUUUGAUUUUAUUCAACAGCCGACAGUACGCCAUGUGAUCAAAACAAAAUGGCUGUACUAUCGAUGGUUUUAUUACUCAUGGGCCAUACUACAUUUACUCUUUAUGGUGACACUGACUGUGUUUGCUGUAGAAAAAGCUGACGACUACAUUAUAGUAACAGAAAGCAACGUUUCCGUGCCAACAACCUCUACAAACUCUAAUCAGACAAGAGACCAGUUUCUAGAAGGUUUCAAAGUUGUAUACCUUAUUCUAGGAAUUUUGUACCUGUUUAUGCAAAUGAUUCAUAUAUGUUUCAGGGUAAAAUCUUUUUCCAUAUAUCAACUGACAAAUGUACUCCACAAUGGUAUAUACAGGAUCGUUCUUACUAUUUUUGCACUCAGUUUAGUACUUGAAUUCUCGCUUUCGGAGACUAUGGAAAAUUACGAAAACUAUGCACUGAUCAUAGCCCUAAUCACGGGCUGGUGGUUCUCUGUAUUUUUCUUGCGAGCCUGGAAAAAGUUCAGUUUCUUUACCGUCAUGAUACAGAAGAUAAUAUUUGGCGACUUGCUGCGCUUUUCCAUCAUUAUAAUAUUAAUGCUGAUAGCCUUCACGGCAGCUAUAUAUAUGACGUUUAAAGGUUCUGGCACAAAAGACGACAAUCUUCUCUCUUACGGACACACGAUGAUGCUGUUAUUUAAGCUGAUGCUCGGCCUUGGUGAUAUUGACGAUUUAUAUGAUGCACGUCGACCGUGGAUGGCCGUCACGCUUUUCAUCGUGUUUGUGCUACUUACGUAUGUAUUGAUGUUCAAUGCACUGAUUGCUAUGAUGUCACAAACAUGUGCUUUUGUCUCAGACAACCGACUGGUGCAGUGGCGAGUACAACAGCUGUCGGUCAUCAUGUUUUUCGAAGGUAUACUCUGUGGCUGGUUCACAAAGCUCGUAGGCGAGGAGAAACAUGUGAAACGGUUUGAUACUAACCUGCAACAAGUUAUUGAGGAAAAACGUUACUUUCUCGACAUGCAUUCUUUACAAACACAAUAUGCUAACGCAGAGGACAUUUACUCGAUGAAGCAUAAACUGCAGACUCUCCCAUUUGGUGGACAGCGGUCAGAAUAUCGUCCCAGCUUUAAUGUCACAAUUCCCACACAACAUUUUAUGACUCCAAGAAACAACGAUGCUUAUUUAAAGUCUCCAAAAAGUCCUUACUCUUACCAUGAUUUCAACCGUCCAAGCACUUCUUUUCAAAUCACACCAGCUUCAGAUCGGGAAAACAGAGAUGAUGUAAAAAAUAGUCCGGCAAUUAAACGCAGAAAAUCUAAACGUGAGAAAUCUCCGGAUAUGAAACAUUCCCCGAAAGAUUACGGCGACGGCCACUCAGAUAGUGCUCAAGAGACCAACGCUAAAAAUGUGAAACAGAGACAGAAAUCUAAAAAGAAACGUGUUGAACCGGAAGGGGAUAUACACACAUCAUUUGACGAACAGAAUAUCGAGCCUCGUCGUUUUUACCUCGACCAGGAACAUUUAACCGUACCUGGUCCAAUGACUCAACAUGCUGAUGCACAGUUUGUGGGCGAGCGACGGAGAUAUCACUCUGAGAGUGGCCUCAUUGAUACCCAUAUCGGUAAACCAGGUCCGCCUGCAACUCCUGCGAAACCAACUAUCCCAGCCCAACAUGUUAUGUUUCCAAUACGAAGAGUUCAACCAACGCAGGAUGGACCCAGUCAAAACCCAGGCUCGCUUGAUAUUGGUGUGAUAGCCGACAGUUACAUGUAGGUAGUUUAUAAAUAAUAUCAAGACAUCAACAUUGCUCGGUACUACAAAGAACAAUAUCUCUAAUAAAUUAUCUGCUCUAUUGCAUGCUUUGUAUGGAACGGAACAACAAUACACACUUGUAGAUGCGGUACAAGAAGUUAUUCUUCAAAUCAAAAAGGGUAGAAAUGAAAGUGUCAAACCAAAGUCAGGAUAGAUUCGAAUCAAAAAGAGCACAAAUUAAACUUAUAU